AUGCUUCAGUCCAAUGUAGACACGUCGUUCAAGCUUCAGCCAGCACCUCGGCCCAAGUCCAAGAACCGUCAUCAGGAUCCACCUCCUCUUGCCACACUUACUGUCAACACCUCCCCAAACACGCUUGCCCAGAGGAAGACCGGAUCCCCUGCAAGCUCAGAGUCGAUCUCUGUACACUCCUGCUUUGAAGAUGACGAAGAUGAAGCGGUCACGCCAAAAGCAUCUCUCUUCAACGUCCCUCUCCUGGCCGACACUCCGGCUCGCUCGCGACCUCGCUCUUUCACUACAUCAUUCACCUCGUCCAAGACCACUAACUCCGUCUCACGUCUACUUGCAGCCAUGUCGUUCCCCAUCUCACCACGUCGCUCGAUGCCCGCUGUUGCUCCGUCCCACCCAUUCCCAUCUGCUACCGUCACAUUGGUGCUGUCCGACACAUCGCCUACGCCUUCAACGCCACUGUUUCCGCACCGGACGCUGAUGCGCAGCCUCUCGUCAACAUGCGUGGCCAAAUCGCCCACUUCUCCGGGGGCGAUGCUGCGCAAGCGGCGGCUGGGGUGGCGCGGAACUCUGAGUGCGCAGAGGUACGACGAGACGGCCAUCCUCAUGUCGCCGAGCAGCCCGCUUACCCCGCGACGCGCCGAGGCGCUGCACACGCCGACGCAGGCGAGCAUCGCGUCUGUGCUCAGUGCCAGCGGUGGGGGAAAGGAGGAGACGAAAACGGAGCCGUUGAGUGCGACGCUCAAGGCGUUGGGCGCCAAACGUCGCACAGAGCGGUUCACGACAUGCGUGCCCGUCCAGUCUCCAUUCAACAACGAGUUCGACACACUUCAUCUCGACCUCACGAGCCCUCAAGGUACUUCGGCGAACCGGGAAAAUCUCGAGCUGAUGAUGGCGGAACACACGAUCUUCCACCUCCCCACGUGGGUCCGCUUUGAAGCCAACCAUCACACCCGCAUGCGCGUUGCGCAAGAGAACCGCCAGGCUGUGGUCGAGUACGCACAGCUGCACAAAGCUCUGCUGCAGAAGCAACAGCUGCCCGGUGACACACUGGCGGUGGGGGGAGACACGCUGCCCAAGACGAGUCAGCUAGGCGACGUCGCCCCCAGCAGCCCCAAUGGCGACUUGCUCGCUGGCUUCGACCUCGGCGCUCCGCCACAAGAGGAGCAGCCCAAGGAAGAAGCGAUGGAGGAGGGAGACUGCGUGGUCAGCGUGGUCCGUCGCCCGACAAUGGCAGCUAUGCGGGAGAUGGACGAAGGUGGUGGCAAAGGUAAAGUCAACGUACUGGGAGCCAUCCGUUCCGCCUGGCCUCCCUUUCGCCCGCAGCGUCGGAUAAAGGCCCAAUUCGACCAAGAGCCGUACCCGCGAAAAGCUCUCCUUCUCGCUCCAUCGAGAAAUCCGGCGGUGGUGGAGGACGACCGGGCAAGACGCGAUGGUUGGGGAGGCGUGUUGACGCGUGCUAGUUGGUUUCCAAGCCUCACAAAAGGGCCGCUCGUGUCGCCACCGCCUCCUGCAUCAUCGAGUGCGAAGACAAAGGGGCUCAAGACGAUGAUGUUGCAGCCUGUGCGGGGGAACCCGCCGAUGGAGGACGAAUGGGAGGACGUCGAAGAACCGUCGCAGCCAGCCAAAGCAGUCGAGCAGCGGUCGUUUCUAGAGCUGCACGACGCUCCAAGAUUCUUCAACCGCCCACCACUAUCACCGCCUCGUCGACCGUGGCUCACCCGCCCCAGGGCCACGAGCCGCCAAUACACGCUCGACACUUGGCAGAGCGGUGUACCAUUGAAAAGCAUUCCUUUUCCCUCCUCGCACGCUUCGAACGACGAAGUAUCGAGCCAGCUCAUCAGCAAAGGUACGUCGAGCGUGGAAAACCGACCCUUACCCAGUGGUGCGCGGAAAACUUCGUCGUCAAAGCGCGCACGCGUGGCGAUCGGCGCCAUCGCUCUCAUCCUGGUGCUGGCCGUAGUAGCCAACGUCGUCAUUAUCUCGCGUGCCCAUUCCGCCGCGCAUCCACAGCUGCAGAGCGCAGGCGGUGCUGGAAACGUGACGGUAAGGGUCGCCUACGACCCUCUUGUCGGCCCUCUGCGGCCUACUCGCAGCGCUCAGGACGCCAGCCGACAGUCGACCAUCGCCAAAGCCGCACAGCUGUCAGAGCCCUGA